AACUGGCUGAAACAAUUGGAAGACCACCACCAUCCCUACCUGACAUCUCGUCUUUUCCACACGCUUUGACCGGCGAAUGGGGCCCACCCCUCACCAAAUGUACAAGUCUAUCUUUGAAAUUGUAAACUUCGUCGGCUGCUUGGACCGACCCAAACAACGUUCAAUUCUAAACGUACAAAUGCUUACACGCAUAAUAUGUCCUAUCUGUCUAUAUAUAUAGAGAGAUAAGAUUCAAUUGCAUACAGAAUUGCUAAGUGUAUAAGCCUCACUCUAUUAUUUAUUAUUGCUGGAUCUCACAUACAUAUGCUAUACUUGUAUGUACAGAUUCAUUUGAUUUAAGAUUCAGCUUCUCGAUCUCUAUUCCAGCUGACCCAGUGAUUAACCAUUUAGGUUCAGAUUCUUACUGAAUUCUUAUUCAGUUCGCUGCUUGAGGUCUGACUUAGGCGGAUAGGUCAGGGAAGCAAAAUCGCAUUUUCAAUUUGAGGCGAUCACCUGAUCAGUAUCUCAAUUUUUUGUGUGAGAUUAACCUGUGAUGCAUUAUUUCUAGAUGAUGACAGCUCUGGCAUGGCGUCUACGCAUGAAAGACAGGCAAAUAUUGCCUCCCCAUCGCCACCGCAGUCCUUUAAAGAAGCCAACAUGGAUUAUUGUAUUGGUUUCUUUAGUUAGUCUGUUCUUAGUUUGUGCUUAUGUGUAUCCACCUCAGAAUUCUGCUGCCUGCUAUGUGUUCUCAUCUCAUGGUUGCAAGGCAUUGCAAAAUUGGCUUCCACCUGCUCCCUCAAGGGAACUCACGGAUGAUGAGAUUGCUUCUCGUGUCGUAAUUAGAGAUAUUCUGGAUAUACCGCCUGUUAUACCAAAGACUCCCAAAAUCGCAUUCUUGUUUCUGACACCAGGUGCUUUACCUUUUGAGAAGCUGUGGGAUAAAUUUUUUCAGGGCCAUGAAGGUAAGUUCUCUGUCUAUGUGCACGCAUCAAAAGACAAACCAGUGCAUUUCAGCCGUUACUUUUUCAAUCGGGAGAUUCGCAGUGGAAAGGUAGUAUGGGGGACAAUAUCGAUGGUUGAUGCAGAAAAACGUCUUUUAGCAAAUGCACUCGAGGAUCCUGAUAACCUGCAUUUUGUACUACUUUCUGACAGUUGCAUACCACUUCGUAAUUUUGACUACAUCUACAACUAUCUCUUGUACACAAAUGUUAGCUUUGUAGACAGCUUUGAGGAUCCUGGUCCUCAUGGAAGUGGAAGGUAUUCUGAGCACAUGCUACCCGAAGUUGAGAAGAAGGACUUUCGAAAGGGUGCACAGUGGUUCACAAUGAAGCGGCAGCAUGCUACUAUAAUCAUGGCUGAUAGUCUCUACUAUACGAAAUUUAGGAUUUAUUGCAAGCCAGGCAUGGAAUAUGGAUGCAACUGCUAUUCUGAUGAACACUAUUUGCCAACAUUUUUCCAUAUUCUUGAUCCGGCUGGAAUUGCAAAUUGGUCCGUCACACAUGUUGAUUGGUCUGAAGGAAAGUGGCACCCAAAAGCAUAUCGGUCACAGGAUGUUACCUUUGAGCUAAUGAGAAAUAUUACAUCUAUUGUAGAUAGUGUGCAUGUUACAAGCAACGAAAGGAAGGAAAUUCAGAUUAGACCUUGCUUGUGGAAUGGAAAUCAACGUCCGUGUUACUUGUUUGCUAGGAAAUUCUUGCCUGAAACUCUUAAUAAUUUGAUGGCCCUUUUCUCCAACUAUACUUCUAUAUGAGUGGGGUUAUAGCUUCAGUGUUGAUUCUUUGGUCGAUUCAAGAGUUGCGCCAUUUCUCGUGGAGCUUCUUCUGCUGUUGUAAAGAGCAUUGUUUUAUAUAGAAUUGAGUGCUCCCCAAUAUGACUUCAUUUUUAGUACUAAUGCAAUUGGAAGAACACUGGAGAUUACUCCAAGCCGAGCUGAAGAUAAAGAACUUUGCUGCCAGUGUUGUUGAGGAUGAUUUUGGGUCUAAUUUCCCCCUCAAUUUUGUGGCUGUUUAAGUUUAUACCCCAAAAGGAAGGGAAAAAAAUAAAAAAUAAAAAAAAUGGUGGGAACAGGGGACUGACUGCAGCGCUGUAUGGUGGGUAAAAUCUUUGAAGAACUUGGCAGAAACAAUUUUUUUUUUCUUUUUCAUUUUUAUUGUGAAAAUAAUUUUUAAUUUCCUUUUUUUUUUCUUUGGAGUAGAAUUCCUGACGGUCGAAUUAUAGUAUUUGUAAAAAAUGUUUUACAUGUUUAUGACAUUUUGGAAGUCUUAAUUUGACUCCAAUUCUAGCAUGUUUGGUGCAGAGAAUUAUUGAAUGGAACUAAAUAGUAUUAAAUAU